AUGAUGCGCCCAAGGCCUGCGUCUUCUAUGCAGAAGACGUACGAUGAGUGUUACCUCGCAUGCUCUACCGCGGUAUACUUUGAGGGCCAGAACAAUGAAGAAGAAGCACUGCGGUCCUGGCGAUCCGCUCUCGAGACCAUUUACCAUCACAAUGCCCGCCGACUACCGUCGAAUUACACCCCGAAGUCCGAAACCGAGAAAGCCCUGCAGGAUUCCAUCCGAGCGCUGGAGAUCCAAUGCCGAGAACGGGUCGAUCUGUUAGGCGCUCUCCGAGCAAGCAGGAAGGAGUCGGCAGAGGGGAAGCCGAAUGGUAAUAAGGAGCCGGCGACUCUUGUCAAGGGAAAGUUCGUCCCCAGUAUGCCGCCGCCGUCUUCCAACCCGCCCGGCUGGAUCGGGGAUGGAACUAUCCCUGCCGUGGACUACACCGACCUUUCUAAGCCUGCUGCGAUACCCGGCCGCCCAUCGCUGCCAAUGCGACAAAGUCAUGAGUCGUAUCAUGUCUAUGAUGAUCCUGGUCCGGCUAUGGCGUCGACUGCUAUGCCGGCGCUGCGGGUAAACUCGAAUUCUUCAGGCAAAACCAAGUCUCGCGGAUCUAGCCCUGAGCGCCGGAAACCGAUGUUGACGACUUUGCGCAGCACUGAUGGGAAGAAGAAUGGCAAGAAAGUGAAGAUUGCGUCGAAGAAGAAGGACUCGCGUCCUACAGCUUCUACGGCUGCUGGUCUGGCAUGGGGUAAUAUCUAUCGCUCGCCAUCGGGAUCGGGUGAGAAACCUGUGAGUGAUGCAGCUGCGGCAUCGAGAAAAAGCGCCGUCAACGAUGCUGUUCGUCGAGAUUUGGAACCUAGAUCGAGUUCGGGGGACGAGCCUACGGCGAGGUCUCGCAACUCUCGAGAUUCAACUGGAGACCGGAUCCCUGCUGCUCACUGGCGAGAGCCUCAUACUUCGUCGCCGAAGCGGUCUUCGCCUAAGCCGCCUACCCAGCCUAUUCAACCUGCUCAUCCUACUCAUCCUACUCAUCCUCCACCACGCCGCCCUCAGCCUCCAUCUGAACGUCAAAAGAUACCUCCUCACACAUCGAUGCCGGAUCCGGGAGACUUCGGAGGACCACCCAAACCAUCUAUCAAACCUAAGCCUGUGGCCUUACGGUCUUCUCAGCCGUCAAGUCACCCAGUUCAGACAUCCAGGUCUGAGCAAAAUUCCCGGACGGUGACACCCCGGCUGGACCGCGAAGCACAUUCGAGCGAGAAGCAGCGAACAAAGUCUGCUCCUAGGAUUCCUGGCAUGGCUCCGAUGGCUCGUGCCUCUCCAUCAUCCGGUAGCGGUGAUGAUCUCCAUCGUGAUGUCAAUCGGAUGGCUAUCUCUCCAAGAAAUGGCGAAAGUACAACACGACGGAAACCUCCACCAGUCAAACGGCGGGAAACACCACCUUCUAGUGACCAAGAGUCAUCAACUCAUUCAAGUGAAAACGAGGCCGAGGAUGAAGACGACGAGAAUGACGAUCUGGUCAAGAUCAUGAAUAAGCUCCCCAAGGGCGUGGAUCCGCAAUCAGCGAAGCAGAUCCUAAACGACAUCGUGGUGCGCGGUGAUGAAGUGCAUUGGGAAGAUAUAGCCGGAUUAGAACCUGCCAAAAAGGCACUUAAAGAAGCAGUGGUCUACCCAUUCCUUCGACCAGACCUUUUCUCAGGCCUCCGAGAACCAGCUCGUGGAAUGCUUUUAUUCGGACCCCCAGGCACAGGCAAAACAAUGCUCGCACGAGCAGUAGCCACAGAAUCAAAGUCAACAUUCUUCUCCGUCUCCGCAUCAAGCCUGACAUCCAAAUGGCAUGGUGAAAGCGAGAAGCUCGUGCGCGCCUUAUUCGGCCUUGCCAAAGCCCUCGCUCCAUCCAUCAUCUUCGUUGAUGAAAUCGACUCUCUCCUCUCUGCCCGAUCAUCCGGAUCCGAACACGAGGCAUCUCGUCGCUCAAAGACCGAAUUUCUCGUUCAAUGGUCUGACCUUCAGCGCGCAGCCGCGGGCCGUGAACAAACGAGCCGCGAAAAGAAGGAGGGCGACGCUAGCCGUGUCCUUGUCCUCGCUGCUACCAAUAUGCCAUGGGAUAUCGAUGAAGCUGCUCGUCGCCGUUUCGUUCGUCGACAGUAUAUCCCUCUGCCAGAACAUCACGUCCGCGAACAGCAAAUUCGCAGACUAAUAAGCCAUCAGCACCAUGAGCUUGGCGAUGAAGAUAUCCAAGUCCUGGUCCAAGUAACAGAAGGUUUCUCAGGCUCGGACAUAACAGCCCUGGCGAAAGACGCUGCAAUGGGCCCCCUCCGCAAUCUAGGCGAAGCCCUCCUUUACACCCCAAUGGAUCAAAUCAGAGCUAUCAUCUUCCAGGACUUUGAGUCCAGUCUUUAUUCUAUCCGGCCUAGUGUCUCACCUGACGGGCUGAAGAAGUAUGAAGAGUGGGCUAAGGAGUUUGGUGAGCGAGGUGGUUGA